CCUCUCCUCGCAGUGCAACGCCAUGGCCUGCAUCGUGUGGGAGGACUUCCUGAAGGAGAGACCUUAUUUCCAGGCUUUCAGUGACCGCAGCGCUACGAAUGUCGUCAAGAUCCUGUCUGCCAUCAUGGGAAUGGUCGGCAUCGGAAUGGCUUUCGUGGUCGGGAAUCUGGGAACUAUUAACCACGUGAUCUACGCCAUUGACGGGGCGAUCGGAGGGCCUCUGUGCGGGCUCUUCUUCAUCGGCAUCUUCGCCCCCUGGGUCAGCACAAAGGGCGCAUUUGUAGGCCUGUUUCUGUCGUUUGUGUUUAACCUGUGGAUCGGCCUCGGGCGGUUCGUGGUGGGCGGGAAGGCUCCCGUGCGCCUCCCGCUGUCGGUGGACGCAUGCGCAGAUGAUCUGCUGGCCACGCCCACCUCCUCCUUCAACGCCACAUUCUCUGCGAUUCUCAAUGACACCGCCAGUGCCUCCCUCGAUGCCACAGAAGCUCUACCUCAGACAUCCAGCCACACCAUCUACGACCUGUCCUACUGCUACAACGGCGCCAUCGGGAUAAUCAUGAACUUUGUGAUCAGCAGCAUCGCGUCCUUCUGCACAGGACCUCUUCUGCCCGGGGAAAUAAGGUCCGAUUUGGUUCACCCGCCUUGCUCAAAGCUCUACCGCCGCCUCUGCUCCCGUCUCGGACUCCGACUUGAAGACAACAGCGAGAAAGGAUUCGCCGAGAAGGAAGUUACCAUCUCCAUGUUACCUGCGAAAUGAUUUGAUGCACCAAAGUCUUUCCAUUAGUAAGCGUAGAUAGUAGUAAAAAAAAGGACAGUUUCUUUCAUGAAAUCGCAAUCAAUGCACUAUUUUCUGUGCAAUGCGAUCUCUGUAAGCAAGACAGGAGAGAGUUAUAUGUUUAUGAGCACAAACACAGUAGCGAUUUAUUUUCAUUUCUAAUUGUGGCUGUUUUGCUUUUUAUAUAUACUCAUAUUGGGACACUUUGGACGCCUUCGGGUACGGUCUGUGAUUCUUGGAGGCGAUGGUGAAAUGAGGCUACAAGCCGUUGACAAAUUUGUCUGUCAUUCAGCUAAUUCGAUUUGCUUUGCCAGUAGAGAAAUAUAAUAUUCUUUUUUUCUUUUGUAGAUACUACUGAUGUGAUUUUUGUCACACGGUGUUAUGUAAGUUGACAUAUAUAUAUGCUUUGUUUCAAUAAUUCACCAUUUUGCAGUUAGUUAUUGCAAUCACAUGUAGCUGAAAAUGUGCCUUCUUAUGUACCUUGCAUUUUUGCUUGCCAGUAUCCUUCACUUACCUUGCACUUGUGUUUGGAAAAUUCACCUGCACCAAGACACUCCUCCCAUUCCCAACUGCACAGGAAAUGCUUGGGCAUUCUGCAGCCCACCAGUGAUCACCUUUGCAGACAUCAUCCGGCGGCAACUCGGAACUUGCCGCAGAUCUAUUCAUUUUUAAAACAGCAGCUGGAGACUGCUGCUUUAGAUGGAGAUGGCUGUCAAUCCUAAUUGGCCACUAGCCAGACUAGGUCUCAGUCACCCCUGACCUAUCUUAGCAAAAGUCUAUGCUCCUAGCGGCCUGUGAGCCUGGCUAUCCAUUGCCUGGAGCAGGGGCUCCGGCCGCCCCUCCUCACGCCUCUCUGGAAGACCCAGCACCCAUCUCCAGCUGUUCUAACUGCCAUUGCCUCAUACUCGUUCAAUAAAUUCAUAAACCAUUAA